GUGUUUGUCGGUUGUCUUCGAACAAGGUUGCUGCAGGUCUCCAGAGACGGAGGUGACUUCGUUGUGUUUCAGUGGCUUCUCAAUUUUGCAAUCGACUCUCUGAUUGGAGCACUUCUCCUGCUCUCGCCCGCCCGCGGUGGCUAGAUGCGGCAAACAUGAGCCCGACCUUUAGAACUGGUUGCAGUUCUGCCCUGUGAUGAGUUGGCUCAGGGUCGCGCGACACCCCGGCACCACCCUCGUCUGCCAAACAGCGCCGUUGUUCCAGUUUUGCCGUGUACCUGCUUGGCGCGAUGGCCACGACUAUCAUCCAAGUGAUGGUGGCCGCUCCGUGCGGCAAGCGGGAGUUCUACGUUGAGUCUCAGGACGCGGAAGAGAACCCGGCCCUGUUCCUCAGGCACGUGACGGAAUGCGUCGAGGAGCUGGUCCCCGCGGGCGACCGGGCGGGCCGGGCGAGGGUGACCUACCUCGACGACGAAGGGGACGAGUGCACGCUCCUGGAGCAGAGCGUCACGGACGCACUCUGCCUGGCCUCCGCCUGCGACGGCCGCCAGGACUUCAAAGUGCUCCUGCUCAGCGUUCAAGUUGAUGGACCAAGGCCCGGGGCCGCCGGCGCCCUGGAGUCCCUGGAGGCCUGGGUGGAGCCCGCCGCCUCGGCGGAGCCGACCGCCGAGCGGCCCGAGGCUCAACGACAUUUCGAAGGAGUACAAGUCUGUCGACAUCAUAUUCCUCCAGGGGACGACGGUCAGGACCUCGCGUUGUUUGCGCUGUACUACCCGCCUAGAGGCAAGGGCAAAGGCGCGGUGGCGGAGCAAAAGGCCAUAUCGUCGGAGCUUACGAAGUGGCUGCACGACCAGUUCAAUUAUCUUCCAGCACGGUGCCUCCCGUUGAUUGGAAUGGAUUUUAAUUCAGAAUGCGGCUUGGGUGAGACGUCACAAGUCACGGGUACGAUCAUGCCAGCCGCUGAGGGACCCAAGUUUCGCAGCAUCAAGCCAACGUUGCAGGCGCAUGACCUGGCGUUGGCCAACACGUACUUUGACGCGGGCGCCACAUACUACGG